AUGAGCUCGAAGUCGGCGCCGCGGCACCGGCGCCGAGUGCCUAUCCCGAUCUACCUCGUCCUAAUAGCAACAUUCACCGUCGUCGGCCUAUUGAUGGUGGAUUUCAGGUCCAUCGAUUCAUCCUCCCAACUCCCAAUCAGGAACAAAACCUCGGCAAUCACCGGAGAGGGAGAUACUUCAGCUAAUGCGACGAUGAGCGAGGCCAUGGAUGCUAAUGCUCGAAAGACCUGCGCUACUGUUGAAGAGAUGGGUGAGAUCUUCAGCAGAGGUUAUGCGGAGGAAAGCCUGAGAGUGAGACGAAUCAUUCACGAUCACUUCGCCUUAAAUGGUGCAUCGAGAGUGAGGGAACUCCUUCCAGAGGAAUUCUGCAAUCAUGGUUUCGUGAUUGGAAAAGCAUCAGAAGCUGGUCUGGGUAAUGAACUGUACAAGAUCAUAACUGCUGCAGCCUUGAGCGUCAUGCUAAACCGAUCAUUGAUAAUUGGCCAAACCAGAGGUAGAUUCCCGUUUGGUGAUUACAUCUCGUAUUCCAACGACACGUUUACGUUGAAAGAAGUGAAGCACUUGUGGAGACAGAAUCGUUGUCUGACAAAAUACGGAAGGCAUCUAAUAAUGAGACUCGAUGAUUUUCAGAAGCCAGCGAAGACAAGUGUUCUCUGCAGUAACUGGAAAGAAUGGGAACAACCAAUAAUAUGGUUCCAGAAUACCACUGAUGCUGUGGCUGCUCAGUUUUUCUUAAAGAAUGUACAUAUGGAAAUGAGAGAAGCCGCUUUUGAUCUUUUUGGGAGCCCGGAGAAGCUUCAGUACAGGGCUAAUGUGUUUGGUGAACUCAUGAGGAUUUUAAUGUACCCUUCCAAAGAUGUUGAACAAGCUGUAAACUGGGCUCUUGAUGCAGGGAGAGACCCUGAUAUUGCCCUGCAUAUGCGAAUGAUGAUGAAUCGAUCUGUAAGAGCAAAGCAAGCAGCCAUGGAUUGCCUAAGAAAAGCAAUACAUAAUAAUCUCCCGUCAUUAUCAAAACCUAGAGUUGUUCUGGUGUCUGAUACCCCUUCUGUUGUGAAAGAUAUUGAACCAAGUUUGGAGGAAUUUGCAGAGGUUAUUCACUUUGAUUAUGAAAGCUUUGAUGGAAAUGUAUCUGGCAAUAAUAACAGAUCUACAGCCUUAAACUUUAGAGUCAAGGACUGGGGACCAGCACCCAGAUGGGUAGCUUUUGUUGAUUUUUUCCUAGCAUCCCGUGCCAAGCAUGUUGUUAUUUCCGGUGCUCACCGACGUGUCGGGACAACCUAUGCCCAGUUGAUCGCAGCCCUUGCAGCUGCAUACAGACUUGAUUGCGAAUCUUCCAACAACUGCUCGAGCAUCACAUUCCUCAGUAGCUUCCAAAGUAACUUGCUCUCAGAUGGUCUGAAGAAUCAGGUAGGGUGGGGCCACGUGUGGAACAGAUUUUCAGGUCUACUGAGCUGUCAUGGCCAGGGGAGCCAAUGUGCUUUGACGCCUGUUCUUCCUCCUGCUUGGUGGGACGGGCUCUUGCAGUCGCCCAUUCCACGUGACUCUCGUAGGAUGGAAGCCUAUGGAGUCAAACUUUCGGGUUUCGGGACAGUUGACUAUGGUGCCCUGAAAAAUUUUUGUCAGUUGAGAAAAAAUUCUGUGGUUGGAAUUCAGCUUAUCUAA